UUUGGGGUAUUAUUCUGCAAAACGACGUCGUGGUAUCGGGUGGUUGUAGUUGUGACUAGUCAUAACGUGGCCCCUGUGACUCCACAUAUUCCAGUGCUUGCCACAUAUUUCAAUUCAACCAGUCUCGGCUUCUUCUCUCAGAGAGCAGCAAUGGCAAUUUGGCUUGUUAAUGGCCUCAGAGGUCUCUUCUCUGUGUUGGGAUGUUUGAUGCUGGCCACUCUCCUUUACACCAUCUCUACCGAUGGCCUCCCUUUCCGCAGAGACCUUCUCACCCCGUGGAUGGCUGCAACCCUGGUUGAUUUCUAUAUCAAUGUUGUAGCUUUGGCGGCUUGGGUUUCAUGCAAGGAAUCUAACAGGGUUAGUGCAAUACUAUGGACAAUUCUGCUCGUGUGUUUUGGCAGCAUUACUACAUGUGCAUACAUUGUUUUGCAAUUUUCCAAGCUGUCAUCAGAAUCUGUACAAGAUGCCAUUUAUCAUGUCUUGUUGCGGAAUCAAAGCAAGAAUGGUACAGUACAAAAGAGGACAUUUUCCCCUAUUGUGACUGCAAGAAUUAGUUUCAGUUUAUUGGGUUUGUUGAUGUUGGGAACUUUGAUUUACACUCUCCUGACUGAUGGUUCUCCUUUCCGCAAAGAGCUUUUAACACCGUGGAUGACAGCAACACUAAUUGACUUCUAUAUCAAUGUUGUGGCCCUCUCAGUUUGGGUUGCUUACAAAGAAUCAAGUUGGAUCAGUGCAUUCCUUUGGAUAAUUCUAUUGAUAUGUUUUGGCAGCAUUACUACAUGCAUCUACAUUGUCCAACAGCUCUUCCAGCUCUCAUCCCAAGAUCCACUUUACCUUGUUUUGUUGAAUAAUGGCAACAGGCAGAAAACAGGUAUGAGACAACUUCAUGGAGAUGAUGGUGCAGCUCAACUGAUGGAUAACAAAGUUUUGGGCAAACCCGACAUGUACUGAAACAUAGAUACAGACAAUUCUACACUGGACGAACCGAUGAAUCAUGGUUGAUAUUUUCUCAUCAUUUAUAGUCUAAACAAGGUCUAUACUGUAUUGCAUGCAUUGAUGUAUAAUAAUAAUAAUAAUAAUAAUACAAAUGAUGCAAAAUGCAUAUACCAUUGGAGCUUGAUGAACAGAUGAAUAUUGGUCUAUAUUUUCAUGCUAUGCACUGUGUAAACAAUCUUCAUUCUGUAUCAUAUCUUACUUUUCUAAUCAAGUGCUCUAUAAUUGUUAUUGUUUUA